AUGGUCGUUCGGCGGCGAUCAGCGCGUGCGCCAGGGCGCGCAUCACCUACGUCGUUGCCCUCCAAGAAGGAUACAUUGACUGCAUCGAAAGAGACGAACGAUACAGAAAAGCCAGCGGUGGCAUUGAAGGCAGAGGAUGCUCAGCGCCUUCGUACGAUCCUCAACGCCACGGCCCCUACCUUACUCACUAUGCCUCUCCCUCAUCGGGAUGGUGUCACACUUCAAGCGCUUCUUGAGGCCACGCCAUGUGACUUGUACGAGAUCUGGGACAGUCUACGAGCCAGCCAGCCAGCGACGUCCCGCCAAAGCGCAGAGACACAGACUGGUGUUUUGCUGGCGGAACAUAUGCUCAUGGAGCUAGCAAAGAACUAUGUCUCAGGUAUACGUGAGCAACCCUCCAUGUCCGCCUACGCACUGCACAUGACGCUGCCUUCCGGGGAGUACUUUACCAAUGCCGUCCACUUGGACGAAAAACAGGCAGAGUCGUUAUCGCGUGGCUACGCCGACUUAGUAGCCAUUGCUCCACCCAUUCGCACCGAGAGCGUGGUAACGCUUGGCGAGCGUGUCCGCUCUGGGCCCCCGCCCAGCAUACCCACACAACCGCGAGGUCCGAUCAUGCAUGCCUCGACAUUCCGGUCGUACGGAGCCUAUGGAUCGUCGUUGGGCCCAUCGUCCGAUUCGACGGGGCAAACGCUACGUGCCAGACCUGCUGAGCUGGUAUGGCAGAUGCAGCAACGUACAACGCAUCGUCGUACACCUCGAUGGGGCGCGCCUUUAGCGGCUGCAGUGGAUCGAGCCUACCGGACAGAUCCCGCUUUGGAGGCGAUGGAGACAGACAACGACAACGACGACAACGACGAAGAGGAAGAGACAGAAGAGACGACCUCCCAUGCGCUCGCUACAGAUGCAGCUGCGUUGGAUCCUGCAUUGGAUGCGGCGCUAUUGGAGCAAGCCCUGGAUACACUGGAGAUCGAUCACAUGCUCAGCGCCAAUGCGGCGCGUUUGGACGAGCUGCAAGAGCUGCAGUGGCUGCGUGUGCGCAUGGACUAUGGCCAUGCCACGUCGGAGCAGGCAUCGCGGCGGGAGCAAGAGUUGGCAGAGACUCUUCUUGCCUCGUUGGUCGGCCUACUGUGCCGCCUGCCGCCCUCGGCGCUGGGCACGGCAGUGGCGCGCCAUGGCCCGCUAUGGCACAUGACGCAAACAGCCUUGGCCUCCUCGCUCGCAAAACCGAGCCAGGUGCCGGGGUACUGGGGCACAGUGCCAGAGGGGUAUGCGGGCGUACGUACGCAGGUGACAUUAGCGCCGCCACCCAGCGCUACCGAUCCAUCCACGACGCCUACGCCGACGUGGGCGGCCCUGGUACGGCCUCGAGUCGUCGUCACAAACGAGACAGCCCGGCCUACGUCUGCUACGGUGCCGCUUCUCUCCUCGUACGACCAGUUCCAAGGCUCACCAGUUGUCGCUGUGAAAGCUAUGAUGACACAAGCAAGGCCCCCACCGCCGACGCCGGCCUACAUGGGCGUGGGCCGCCCCCCGCUGGGCUACCUACCUUCGCAAGCCCCAUUCUCGACGAUGCCUCGUCCACCUACGAACGUAGCCCCGAUUGUACAACCGGCUCGCGUCGUGCCAGGCUCCGUCGCACGGCCGCCGCUGCCGAACUAA